GAAGCCGCAGCAGACCGCGAGACGCCAAACUUGAGUAAGAACCCUAAACCCCCUCGGCCCCGGCCCACCCGAGCGACCCGGCGAGGAAGGCAGCCCGCAGCACCACCAGCCAUGUGGCGCCGCGCCUCCCAGCUCCUCCUCCGCACCACCGCCGCCGCCACCCGGCGCCUCCAGCACCCGCACCCGCACCCGCUUCCGCUUCCACCCCCAUCCCGGCCGCUCCCCCUCGCGCCCACAUGGGUCGCCUCCGCGUCCUCCUACGCCACCCAGGCAGCGGCGGCUGCGGCGGCGCCGGCGCCGGCGCGGAAGCCCCUGCGGACGGUGGGUUCCCUGCUGCGGCUCAACGACCUGCGGGACAACCCGGGCGCGCGGAAGCAGAAGACGCGUAAAGGACGCGGGAUCGGCUCCGGGAAGGGCAAGACGGCCGGCCGCGGACACAAGGGACAGAAGGCGCGAGGAACCGCCAGGUUCGGCUUCGAGGGCGGCCAGACCCCGCUCCGCCGCCGCCUGCCCCGGCGUGGAUUCAAGAACCGCUUCUCCCUCACGUUCCAGCCCUGUGGACUGGGGAAAAUUGCAAAGCUCAUCAAUGCUGGAAAAAUUGAUUCGUCUGAACUGAUAACAAUGAAGACACUGAAGGAAACAGGUGCCAUUGGGAAGCAAAUAAAGGAUGGAAUUCGCUUAAUGGGUCGUGGAGCAGAAGAAAUCAAAUGGCCAAUUCACCUUGAGGUAUCAAGGACAACAGCAAGAGCAAAAGCUGCCGUGGAAGCAGCUGGUGGGACAGUAAGGCUGGUAUACUACAAUAAGCUUGGAUUCCGGGCGCUCCUGAAACCCGAGUGGUUUGAGAAGAAGGGCCGCCUGCUACCAAAAGCGGCACGGCCUCCUCCCAAGCAACGAGACAAGGUGGAUAGCAUCGGCCGCCUGCCCGCACCGACAAAGCCACUCCCCUUCACGCCAGAGGAGCUGGAGUUUGCAGCAAAGCGUGACGCUGCUCGCUUGAGUGUGACUGCAUAAGAAUUUUCUUUUUUCCAGUAUGACUGCAUAAGGUCGAAGCACGGUGGAGGUACUUUUUUUUUCAUUCUACACACCAAACAAGGCAGGCCCUUCUGAAUGUGUACCGCAACUAAGGGCAGGGAAGGAUAUGUAAGAAUGGACUGUUAUAUCUUGAUUGUGCCAUUCCUUGUGGAGUUGGAUCCCUUGCCUGCAGUUUCUUGAUUUAGUUUGCUCUUGUCUGGGUAUAGCUAGGGUGGAGGCAUGUGCCUUCCGUUGUGCUGUGGUGCGCGCUUUGUGGUGCUGGGGUUCAGAUAGUUGCAUAGGGUGCCUCAAGAAAUGACCCUGGUCCCUGGAAUCAAUUUGUGUGUGAGAUGCAUAGUGCCAGGCACCAUCAAGGAGGCCCCGCUCAGCUAUUUUACUCACUGAACCCGUGAAAUGAAAAAGACGAAUGUCUUCUAUCUGAUUCA